GGUGACAACUUCCGGCAACUGAAACUUCUGACGGCAACUCCUCUCCCUUUCUCCCUGUCACUUUGGGUGGCUGGAAGGCCAGUUUAAAAAAUGGAACCGUGUUCCUGUGACACUUUCGUGGCAUUACCUCCAGCAACAUUUGAUAACAGGAUUAUUUUUGGAAAAAAUUCAGAUAGACUCUCUGAUGAAGUACAAGAGGUAGUUUAUUUUCCUGCUGCAGUUCAUGAUAACCUGGGAGAACAUCUUAAGUGUACUUAUAUAGAAAUUGAUCAAGUUCCUGAAACAUAUGCUGUUGUCCUUAGUCGCCCAGCUUGGUUGUGGGGGGCAGAAAUGGGAGCCAAUGAGCAUGGAGUUUGCAUUGGGAAUGAAGCUGUAUGGGGAAGAGAAGAAGUUUGUACUGAAGAAGCACUACUGGGCAUGGACCUUGUCAGACUUGGCCUUGAAAGAGCUGAUACAGCUGAAAAAGCCCUCAAUAUAAUUGUUGAUUUAUUAGAAAAAUAUGGCCAGGGUGGAAAUUGUACAGAGGAUACAAUGGCAUUUAGCUAUCACAACAGUUUCCUGAUAGCUGAUAGGAAUGAAGCCUGGAUUCUGGAGACUGCAGGGAAGUACUGGGCAGCAGAAAAAGUACAAGAGGGAGUUCGUAAUAUUUCUAAUCAGCUUUCUAUAACAACCAAGAUUGAUCAGGAGCACCCAGGCAUGAGAAACUAUGCUAAGCAGAAAGGUUGGUGGGAUGGUAAAAAGGAGUUUGAUUUUGCUGCAGCAUACUCUUAUCUUGACACAGCCACGAUGAUGACUUCAUCAGGCAGAUAUUGUGAAGGCUACAAGCUUCUGAAUAAACACAGAGGAAACAUAACUUUUGCAACAAUGAUGGAAAUUCUCCGAGAUAAACCAAGUGGUAUUAAUAUGGAGGGAGAAUUCCUGACCACUGCAAGCAUGGUUUCUAUUUUACCUCAAGACUCCAACCUUCCUUGCAUUCACUUCUUUACAGGGACUCCUGAUCCUGAGAGAUCUGUUUUUAAGCCUUUCAUAUUUGUGCCACAUAUUUCACAACUAUUGGAUACCAGUUCACCAACAUUUGAAUUUGAAGAUCCACUUAAAAAGAAGCCAGGCUUCAAGAUUAAGCCUGACAGAAGACACCCACUCUACCAAAACCAUCAACAGGCAUUGGAAGUAAUAGAAAAUAAUGAGGAAAAAGCCAAAACAAUGUUGGAUAACAUGAGGAAACUGGAGAAAGAACUAUUCAAAGAGAUGGAAUCAAUCCUUCAAAAUAAGCAUCUUGAUGUGGAUAAAAUCAUUAAUCUCUUUCCUCAGUGUACAAAAGAUGAAAUUAGAAUUUAUAAGUCAAAUAUUGGUUCUUAGUGAUCAUAUAAAUGGUCAGCAAUCUUUCUCAAAGUCAGAAUCUAUUACCUUAGUAAGUGAUAUAAAACUAGUUUGAACAGAUCUGAUUAUUCUUUAAUAGCAUUCAAAUGAUGUCUUGACUAUUAAAAUGACAUAUAGUCUUGCUGAAAUACUGAGAAAGAAAACACUGGAAUUGGACAUAUAUAUCAUGGGAUAGCCAAGUGUUACUUCAUGUGAUGGACUUGCAUUAUUUUUUUUAGCCACAGUAACUUUUUUGUCAUAAUAAUUAAGUAUUCAAUUCUGCAUAAAGUAUGAAUCAUUAAAAUGAUGCAUGGAUUUAAAUGCUGGCGAGGUUGCGGAGAAAAAGGAACUCUCAUACAUUGUUGGUGGGACUGCAAAAUGGUGCAGCCUCUAUGGAAAAUGGUAUGGAGGUUCCUCAAACAAUUGCAGAUAGAUCUACCAUACGACCCAGCUAUCCCACUGUUGGGAAUAUACCCAGAGGAAUGGAAAUCAUCAAGUUGAAGGUAUACCUGUUCCCCAAUGUUCAUCGCAGCACUCUUUACAAUAGCCAAGAGUUGGAACCAGCCCAAAUGCCCAUCAUCAGAUGAGUGGAUACGGAAAAUGUGGUACAUCUAUACAAUGGAAUACUACUCAGCUAUAAAAACGAAUGAAAUACUGCCAUUUGCAACAACAUGGAUGGACCUUGAGAGAAUUAUAUUAAGUGAAACAAGUCAGGCACAGAAAGAGAAAUACCACAUGUUCUCACUUAUUGGUGGGAGCUAAAAAUUAAUAUAUAAAUUCACACACACACACACACACACACACACACACACACACACACACACACACAGAAAACUGGUGGGGUGGGGAAGAAGAUAUAACAACCACAACUACUUGAAGUUGAUACGACAAGCAAACAGAAAGGACAUUGUUGGGGGGGAGGGAGAAGGGAGGGAGGUUUUGGUGAUGGGGAGCAAUAAU